AUGGUUAAGAAGGGCCCUACAGUUGGAGGUAACGGUGGGUCGGAGUUCAACCUCUGGAGUAAUGAUACGCCCGUGGCACAACUGGACGUAUGGUACGGCAGAGGCAGUGGUGUUGAGUUCGAGAAAUAUACUGUCCUGAAGGGUAUCAAAGUCAGAUGGGCCGAUAAUGACGUUGACCUCGUCGGAUCCUGCCCUCCAGAACAGCAGGACCCACUGCAUACCAGCUUUGACUUCGAAAACUAUGGAGAUGAUCCCCUUGAAUGGAUGGAUAUAUACGGGUCAACCGGGCGUGCUGAUUCACUAAGAUUAGUGACUCGUGACGAGAAGGACUUCUUCGAGGCUGGAGGAACCGGAGGUGGCAAAUGCACUCAACCUGCUCAAGGAAGAAAGCUAUAUGGGUUCUACGGAAGGGCAGGAUAUGAUAUUGAUCAGCUAGGUGCCGUCUUCAGUGAUUGA